CGAAAGUUGCUGCCGAUGACGAAGGCUCGAGCGGCGGAUGAUGCCGUUGCGGAUCACGCGGCUGCCGCUUCGCAACGAGAUGGCGCAAGCAGGCGGGAUUUGCGGAGCACUGCCUCUACUUGCACAUACCAAAGCCCAGUUUUGACCGAGGCAGAGAAGGAGGGUGAUGAGGUGGAGGAGCUUGUCGCGGAAGUCUUGGGGCCAAGACGAAACUCCCUCGGACACGCAUCCCAACCUCUGCGCGCUGGCGCUUAAUGACGUAACUUGGCAUCGACGGCGAGGUCAAUGGUAUCCCUGUACUCUCGUGAUGAGAGUGCGCUUGGAUUGUCUGCUACAAUAUGCUGCUACAUGCUUGACAGCACCCGUGUGGGAGCUUAACUCUAGGCGGGACACAAUGUCAUCCGUGGCUAGAGCAGAGCGUGCCUUCCUCUUUUGCGCCGCACACAAGCCAUUUGUAAUGGUCCACUCAUGCUGAACCAGUCAGCCAACCAUGCCACCACUUAGACAACAAGCCCGAAACCAUGCCUGAGCCGUCCUACUUUUAUAUCUCGCCGAAUGCCGUAUGCCGUAUG